UCAUUAUUAUAUAACGAUGAAAAUGUUCAUUUUACGUAACGAUCGACUUGAAUACCAAGCAAAGUAAAACAACUGAGGUCCAGCCAAGCCUCUCACUCAAAGUGAUCAUUUCCUCCUAUAUAACCACCCAUUUCCCCCCUCCUCCUCCUCCAUCCGCGAUCGCAAGCAUGGAGGCGAAAUGCACCCAACCACCCUCCUCCGCCACGAGAAUCAGACGAACCACCAGCACCAACGGAAGUGGAGCCGGAAACGGACCCAUCAUUCUCGGCAAGUACCAACUUGGCCGUUUUUUAGGCCGUGGUAGCUUUGCUAAAGUCUACCACGGCCUUUGUUUAGACGAUAACACAAAUAUCGCCAUCAAAGUUAUCGAUAAAAAAUCGAUCAUUGGCACCGAUGUCUCAAUGGAGCCCCGAAUCAUACGUGAAAUCUCCGCCAUGUCCCGUCUUAAUCAUCCCAACAUAAUAAAACUCAAUGAAGUAAUGGCUACGAAAUCCAAAAUCUACCUUGUCAUGGAGAUCGCCUCCAGAGGCGAUCUCCAUGCUAAGCUUAUCCGUCAUGGACGGUUCUCUGAUUCCACUGCUCGUUUCUACUUCCACCAAUUAGUCUCCGCUCUCCAUUACUGCCAUCAAAAUGGCGUUACUCAUCGCGAUAUCAAACCUCAAAACAUUCUUCUUGAUCAAAAUAACAACCUCAAAAUCUCCGAUUUCGGGCUCUCCGCCUUGCCUGAACAGCUGAAAAACGGUCUCCUUCAUACAGCUUGCGGUACACCAGGUUAUACAGCUCCAGAGGUAGCAUACAGAAAGGGAUACAAUGGCGAAAAGGCGGAUUCAUGGUCUUGUGGGGUAAUUCUAUUUGCAUUUCUAUCUGGAUAUCUUCCAUUUGAUUCUGGCAAUUUAUCAAACAUGUACCGUGCAAUACAUCGUCGCGAUUUUCGAUUCCCUAAUUGGGUUUCAAAAUCAGCUCGGAGUGUAAUUAACAAGUUACUCGAUCCAAAUCCGAGUACUAGAUUAAGUAUUGAGCAACUAAUGAAGCUUUCAUGGUUUAAGAAAUCGAAUCAACAACAAAAAUCAAGCGAUUGUGUGUUCGAAAAAAAUCGUACAAAUUUGGGCGGGAUAAAUGCAUUUGACAUAAUAUCAAUGUCAUCAGGGUUGAAUUUAUCGAGGUUAUUCGAGAGCGAUUUGAGCAAGAGAGAGAUGAAGUUUACGACGAAUACUCGAAUUGAGGAGGUUGAAGAGAAGGUGAUGAAAAUUGGAGAAGAAGGAGGGUAUAGAGUUGAAAGAGGGAAGGGAAAGGGAAUUGAGUUGGUUAAAGGGAGAGUUGUUUUAAUGGUGGAAAUUUUGGAGGUGGCAAUGGAGUUGUUGUUGGUUGAAGUUAAGGUUGUUAAUAAUGGAGGAUUGGAAUUUGAUGAUUCUCAAUGGGAGGAAUUGAAAUUCGGGAUGAAUGAUAUUGUAGUUUCAUGGUACAAUGACGAGUCUUGAUGGGAAAGGUGGAGGACUCUUAACGAAAUUCACUAGUUUUGAUUCAAUUAAUCUAAAUUCAUAUUACGUUAAGGUUCAGUAUAGUAGAGGAGGUUUAUGAUGAAUUCACCUCACAUAGGGUACAUUAAGUGGGGAAGCGCUUCUUACGAGUUCUUGUUUCUUCAUUCUUAGAGCUUGAAAUCGAUCCAUUAUGAGGUAUUUCCUACGAGUUCCUUCGUUCCUAGAGCUUGACACUAGUCCACUAUAUAUAGUAGGAAAUGUUUCCUACGAGUUUCUUCAUUCUUCGAGCUUAAUAUUGAUCCAUUAUAUUGGGAAGUGCUUCUUAUGACUUUCUUCAUUUUUAGAUCUUGACGCUCAAUCCACUAUAGCAGAAGACGCUUCUUACGAGUUUGCUCUCUGAUAUUUUUGAAUGUAUAGGCAUGUUGUUCUUGUUGGUUGUUAAGAUUUUUUAUUUAUUUUUGAAUAAUAUUUUGUAAAUAAAAU